GUUUUUUGCUUUUAACAACCGAGGCUACAAUUUUAAUUAUCGAUACACCUAACUGUUGGUGGAUGUUUACUUCCAAAAAGAGUUUGGUUCGGCCCCAUGAAUUCCGCGAUGGGAUUUUCUGCCAGUACCUCGAUGGACUCACCCUCCCUCGAAAAUCCGCCCGAGUAUACCUUCCAAGACGAAGAUCCCAGCAACCGACCUCCUUAUGCAAGUCUGCCUCUGUCCGAGUUUGGAGAGACAAAAUGGCGAGCCCAUUGUCAGUGUGGCAAGAUCUCAUAUAGGCUCAGACGAGAAAAACCUUUAAACGCAAAAUUUUGUCACUGUCGCGGAUGCCAGGUCAUGCACGGUGCUCCUUUCCAAUGGGCUGCCAUCUUCCCAAAGGAAGAUGUGCGGUUCGAUAAUGGAACAAGCGGGCUCUCAUUCUAUGCCGCCAAAGAGAGAAACACUAAAUAUCAAACCCCCACGAAAGUCUCAUGCGCAAUAUGCCGGACUCCGAUCAUGGAUGAAGGGCGUAAUAUGUGCCUGCUGUUCCCGCAGCUUAUCGAUUUCUCUGACUCGCCAGACGAGCAGCGCGAGCGUAUUGCUACUUUCUUACCAUCGUGUCAUAUAUUCUACGAGAAUCGCUUGAGAGACAUCCAUGAUGGCAUCACUAAGUGGAAGGGUAUCGAUGAAGACAGCGAACUUCUUGAUGAUAGCGGACAACCCUUGGAGAAAACAGACAUUUCAUAGCUGAUGCUUUGCAUUGUACUGGUGGCCAUUUUUUUCCGGAUGUUUCCUGACGAAUUUAGAAUGAGCCGUUUCUUAUUGGAUCUAAGGGUGUCUCUGUUAAUUCUCUAUGGCAUGAAUACUCAGUCGCCACUCACUCAUGGUGUCCACAGUGAGAAUACAUUGAUUAUUG